UCGCGGUCUGUAUUCCUCACGGCGUCUCUCCGCGGCCAUGGUAACACUUCCCCUGGCACUGGAGCUCCAGUUCACAGACACAACACGCCAGCGCUGUUCAUGCAACUAUUAUUCAGCAUGAAUCUGGCAGAGAUAUGUGACAACGCCAAGAAAGGCCGUGAGUAUGCCCUGCUUGGAAACUAUGACUCCUCCCUUGUGUACUACCAGGGCGUCAUUCAACAGAUCCACAAGCACUGUCAGACCUUCAGAGACCCUGCACUUAAAGUCCGAUGGCAACAGGUCAGGCAGGAGCUCACUGAGGAGUACGAGCAGGUGAAAGGCAUCAUGGGAACGCUAGAGAGCUUAAAGUUAGAGAAGCCAAACGACAUCUUUGCACCUCUUGCUCCUCAGUCCAACGACAGACCCGAGGAUCCAGCAGUUUGGCCCCCUCCCAUCCCUGCUGAACACAGGAAUCCUGUAGCACUGAAGCGUCCCAGCAGUGCAGGGAAGCAGCAGAGAAAGGAGUCCCUCGGUCUGACUAUAAAAGGGGGGGGGCCAGGAGGCCGCGGAUUGAAACCAGACCGGCAGGGAGCGAAAGAUGCACGUGGCACAAAGGCUAAAGACGAGAAGGCAAAGAAAGGGGCAGGAGAUGCACCAGGGGAUGCAGAGCUGAAGAAAUUUGACGGCACAGGGUAUGACAGUAACCUGGUGGACUCACUGGAGAAAGACAUCGUGUCCCGUAACCCUAACGUUCACUGGGAGGAUAUUGCUGAUCUGGAAGAUGCAAAGAAGCUGCUGAGAGAAGCUGUGGUGUUACCCAUGUGGAUGCCUGACUUUUUCAAGGGCAUUCGCCGCCCCUGGAAGGGUGUGUUAAUGGUGGGCCCUCCAGGGACAGGGAAGACCAUGUUGGCCAAGGCUGUAGCCACAGAAUGUGGGACGACUUUCUUCAAUGUGUCCUCCUCCACGCUAAGCUCCAAAUACAGGGGCGAGUCUGAAAAGCUUGUUCGUCUGCUGUUUGAAAUGGCCAGGUUUUAUGCACCAACAACCAUCUUCAUUGAUGAGAUUGACUCAAUCUGUGGCAGAAGAGGAACAUCUGAUGAACAUGAAGCCAGCCGCAGGGUCAAAUCAGAGCUUCUGAUCCAGAUGGAUGGUGUGGGGGGAGCAUCAGAGAAUGAAGACCCCUCUAAGAUGGUUAUGGUCCUCGCCGCCACCAACUUCCCCUGGGACAUUGAUGAGGCCUUAAGACGACGCCUGGAGAAGCGGAUCUACAUCUCCCUGCCCACAGUUGUGGGUCGUGUCGAGCUUCUUAAAAUCAACCUGAGGGAGGUAGAGGUGGCUGCUGACGUUGACCUGGACCUCAUUGCUGAGAAGAUUGAGGGCUACUCUGGAGCAGAUAUCACCAACGUCUGCAGGGAUGCAUCCAUGAUGGCAAUGCGGCGUCGCAUCCAAGGCCUGAGCCCUGAGGAGAUCAGAGCUUUGUCCAAAGACGAGCUGCAGAUGCCCGUGACUAUGGAAGACUUCACCCAAACGCUCAAGAAGAUGUCCAAGUCCGUCUCCGCUACCGACCUGGAAAAAUAUGAUGCCUGGAUGGCUGAGUUUGGGUCAGUGUAGACACCGGUACCAGUGAGACCCAGAGGGACCAGCACCUUAAAAGGAGGACUCAUAGUAAUGAUGAAGAGCACGGACUUAGGAGUACAGAGCCCAGGGAACUGUAGCAAGUGAACCAGGCGGCACAUCAGGGAUCAAGAAAACACAGAGGCUCAAGUUCACAUCAGAUGACUGGUGCCUUUGGUGAUGUGAACUUUCAGUGGCUUCACGCUUCUCCUCACUUUUCCUUCUUGUCCGUGUAGUGGGCGUCAAUCAUCCAGCUGCUGACUGAUUUAAGUGACCUGAGGAAGAAUGAGGUGAACUUUUCUUACAAUGUGAAAUUUUAGUGUGUAACUAAUACUAGACACAGGUAGACCAGGGAAUGCACACUAGUUUCAAUUAGAUAUCAGGCCUCAUGCAAGAAUUCAGAUUCUCAGCCUAAACCUCUUACUUUUUACCUGCUAUUUAUUUGUGUGGUGAGUUUGUUGCAGAUUCAAAUAAAAAUCCAAAUCUCAUGAGGGGACUGCUAGGCCUUGGCGGAGGUCUUUGCAGACGUGUUCACCAUCUCUCUCUGGCUUGACAAAUAUAUCACAAAUGGUAACCUUCAGUUGGCAUAAAAUCUCAGAAGGUGUAAGUUUGUCCAGAAUGAGCUACUGUAAAAAAAAACAUGAAGGCCUCCAGCAAGAGGACCCACUCCUUAUGUAAUUAUAAAGUAUUAAGAUUUAAAGGGUAUAUGGGGUAACGAAAACCAUUUAGAUGAAACAUACUGGUGAAAACAUCACUAGGAUUAUUUUAUGUUCAAUUUCUGCCCGUAGAUCCCUUUCACCUAAAUCUUACACACUGGACCUUUAAGAGAAAAUUCUGCUCAACUCUGUCAGCUUCUUGUAAUUCUUGCAUGAGGCCCAUUGUCUGUAUGUUCGAGCACUUUCAAUGUAUCUCCUUGUGGAGCUCAUGUAUUUACUACUGACUGAACACACUUGAAGAACCACAAAGUCUGUUGUGAGGUGAGAGAUUGUAUUUGUGUUUUCAAGUUUGUUUUUUAAUCUAUUUUGUUUUAUUUUAAUUGAAUCAAACAAAUUGUAGUCAAACUAAAAAAGAGAACGACCACAUGGAUUGUGUAUUAAAUGGUGCAGACAAUUAGUUCUCAGCUAUAUCUCUAUCCCUGUAUACCUAAUCUCAGUGAGGUUUUGUUUUGUAUUGACCUAGUGUAGGAUGAGUUGAAUAAUAAGAUGAAUACAUUGUGAACUAAUGGUGAACUCAAUCUAUACUCAAUGGUUGUUUUAUUGUUCUCCCCUGUUCCAAACGUUUACAGCAUUCUGCUUCAGGGCGCCAAAAGCUCCAUUUGGUGUAUAAUUUGCAUUGUCUUUUAUUUUAAUACCAAAAAAUAAACUUUACUUUUAAUCUUUUAGGAUUCGUAAAACACCUUUUGGAUUUCUGUAUUUAAUCAGUGUCUCUAAUAAUCAUUGAUUAGUUUCACAGUGUGACCAAAUGUGAAGCUAAGAAACCAAAAAGGGUUUGUGCAGAAAAGAUAUCAACCCACAAUAGCACACGUUGAUUUAACUUUACGUAUCCUGGUGUCUCCUGUCUACUAAAGACAAAUGUCAUAACCAACUUGGUCUCUCGUUUUUAAGGAAGAGGCAUUUCUAUAAUCUUCUAUUAUCUAUUAGCUUCCAGAAAUAAUGGAAACACCUGAAACACACUUGCAGAUGAUGUCCCACUUUCAGAUAAACUCCCUGUGUGCAUCCAAAUUACUUAAAGGCUUUUUCACAAGUAGAUCUUUCAAAGCAUCCUCAGUGUAUAUGGAAUAAAACCAUUUGCUUACA